AUGACUCCAUCGCUGGUGUUCCUCCUCGACGAUCUCAUCGCUGAAGUACUUUCCUUUCUUCCGGUGAAACCUCUUCUUCGAUUCAAGAGUGUUAGUAAGUCUUGGAAAAUACUCAUCUCCGAUCCCACAUUCGUGAAAUUGCACCUCAAGAGAUCAGCAGUACAAAAUCCUCACUUCACCCUAAUCAUGGGGCACGAAAAAUUUAUCCCUGGAGAGUCAUUCUAUGGUAUUGACGAUGAAUCUGAGAGGGAUUACAAUCUCGUUCCAUACCCUAUAAGUCGUUUACUAGAUAACCCGUCAUUCACCCUUCUUUUAGAUGAUCCUUACAAUAGUGUCACUUACUAUCAUGUCAACAACGACAUAUGCUCUCGUAUAAUUGGUUCAUGCAAUGGAUUGAUUUGUUUGGCUGAGACUUCUUUAACCCAUGAUGGGUAUCAAGAGAAUUGGCGUAGAGAGUAUUGGUUCCGUGUUUGGAACCCAUCCAUCAGGACAACAACAUCAGAAAAAUUUGGGUAUUUUUAUGAUUUUGGACCAAUUUCGGGGUAUGGAGGCGAUUUCAAUUUCAAAUUUGGUUUUGACAAUUCAACUGAUACUUAUAAGGUGUUGGCGUUCCGUUACAAUAGACUAAAAGGAAAUAGAAAUAUAAAGAUUCUAGGUUCGGGUGAUCAUGUUUGGAGAGAUAUUGCAUUUUUCCCGGUGGUUCCUCUUCGUUUGGACUAUAGUGAUCAUAUUCAUAGUGAACAUUGUAUGUGUGAUGGUGUUUACGUAAGUGGCACUUUUAACUGGUUGGCUAUCCACAACGACCUUCCCUAUCGUGUUAAGAAUAUUACAGUUGAACAUUUUGUUAUCGUUUCUCUUGAUUUAGGGACGGAGACAUACAAUCAAUAUCUGUUGCCUCUUGAUGAAGUGCCAUCUGCAGAACCAACCGUUGGUGUGUUGGGGGGCUGCCUUUGUUUUUCUUAUGCUUACAAAGAAACUGAUUUUGUUAUAUGGCAGAUGAAGAAAUUUGGGGAUGAAGAUUCUUGGUCUCAAUUCCUUAGAAUUAGUUAUCAAAAUCUUCUAAUAGAUUAUGACAUUUUUGACACUUAUUUUCGAUUGGUGCCAUUGCUUCUUUCUAAAGAUGGUGAUACAUUGAUACUUAAAAGCAGUCAAGAAUUUGAAGCAAUUAUCUAUCAUUGGAAAGAUAAUAGAGUGCAGAGAACAAAAAUUACUCCAAGUAGAACUAUUACUUAUGAUAGAAGAAUCACAAAUUGGGUGGCGUUUGUUUACGUUUCAGUUUUGUUUUACAACAAUUUGGAAAUGCCGGAAUGGAACAGUUCCCGACAUAUUGGCGAGGUUCUUGGAAGUUCCCGGCUCUGCGUGAAGUCUUUUGGGCACAUCUAA